AUGUUUCUCCCUCCUGGGUUUGAGGAUAGAAUAGAACUAGGACCCCAGUGGGCCAGUGUUCCUGAACACCAUCCCCCAACCCCUGUCCCCCCACAGUACCAAGAAAAGCAGCGGAAACGUGAGGCUGAGGAGCGUCGCCGCUUCCCCCUGGAGCAGCGGCUUAAGGAGCACAUAAUCGGCCAGGAGAGCGCAAUCGCCACCGUGGGUGCCGCCAUCCGGAGAAAGGAGAACGGCUGGUACGAUGAAGAACACCCUCUAGUCUUCCUCUUCUUGGGGUCAUCUGGAAUAGGAAAAACAGAGCUGGCCAAGCAGACAGCAAAAUAUAUGCACAAAGAUGCCAAAAAGGGUUUCAUCAGGCUGGACAUGUCUGAGUUCCAGGAGAGACAUGAGGUGGCCAAGUUUAUUGGGUCCCCACCAGGCUACAUUGGCCAUGAGGAGGGCGGCCAGCUGACCAAGAAACUGAAGCAGUGCCCCAACGCUGUGGUGCUCUUCGAUGAGGUGGACAAGGCUCAUCCAGAUGUGCUCACCAUCAUGCUGCAGCUGUUUGAUGAGGGCCGACUGACAGAUGGAAAAGGAAAGACCAUCGACUGCAAGGACGCCAUCUUCAUCAUGACCUCCAAUGUGGCCAGUGAGGAGAUCGCACAGCACGCUCUGCAGCUGAGGCAGGAAGCUUUGGAGAUGGCCCAUAACCGUCUGGCUGAGAACCUCGGAGAUGUCCAAAUAACUGACAAGAUCACCAUCUCAAAGAACUUCAAGGAGAACGUGAUUCGCCCCAUUCUCAAAGCUCACUUCCGGAGGGAUGAGUUUCUAGGACGAAUCAAUGAAAUUGUCUACUUCCUCCCUUUCUGUCACUCGGAGCUCAUUCAGCUGGUCAACAAGGAGUUGAACUUCUGGGCCAAAAGAGCCAAACAGAGGCACAAUAUCACACUGCUCUGGGACCGGGAAGUGGCAGACGUGUUGGUGGAUGGUUACAAUGUGCACUAUGGUGCCCGCUCCAUCAAACAUGAGGUAGAGCGCCGUGUGGUGAACCAGCUGGCAGCUGCCUACGAGCAGGACCUGCUGCCUGGCGGCUGUACCCUGCGCAUCACCGUGGAGGACUCAGACAAGCAGCUGCUCAAGAGCCCUGAGCUGCCGUCACCCCAGGACGAGAAGCGUUCCCCCAAGCUGCGGCUGGAGAUCAUUGAUAAGGACAGCAAGACACACAAACUGGACAUCCGGGCACCACUACACCCUGAGAAGGUGUGCUUCACCCUCUAGCACCUGCAUCGGCCCACACAUGCCCUCGACACCCAAUAAAGGCCCCUCAACUGUGGUGAGGCAACUGACCCACCAGCCCCUCCUGCCUCUUCCUCCUCUCCACCCAGCCGACUGCCUCCCAGCCCUGGAAGGCUCCUCUUCAGCCCCAAGUCUAAAGCAGGAAUUUUGUCUCCCCCCAGCCCUGGCUAACACUUCACCAGGAGAGGAGCUGCCUCACCACCCCAGUGAGGCAGGAAGGAGAGGGAGGGGUCCCAUUUCUGUCCUUCAGGAUGGUCUUCAUGGCCCAUAGUCUCUGGAACUGUAUCAUGUUCCCAGGAUGCUCAGAAGCAUAGAAGCUAAGAGCAGAGCUGGCUGGAAGAAGAUGGAGACCAGACCGUGAAUCACCACCCUUCUCAGGCUCUCCUGCAGCCGAGGCCCCAAAAACGUCUCCCCAGAGAGCUGAGAAAGUGUGCAGAGGCCCAGGGACACUUCUGUCUGUCACUUUCUCCUGCCCCAAAGUCCCAAGAGGGGGACACCAUAGAGCCCUCCCCUUCCACUGCCAUAAUCAUAGUCACCGUUCCUCCUCACCCCAUGUCCUGGGGUCAGGGCAGAUCAUGUUUCUCCCACCAUGGAACAAGGUCACCAUGGAGCCUGUAGGAGGAAAACUGACUGGACAAAAGGACCACGUGCCCAAGCUCCACUCCACGGGGACCUCCUUCAGGAGCCUUCAAAACAUAGAUGUCGGUAGCACAAGGGGAGAGGUCACGGGGCUGGGCUCUACCCAGAGGGCCAUGGAGUCUGCCUCAACCUUUUCUACACUGCUGUGCCUGUGCCAGCUAGGUGAGCCGGAAAUAAACAGCUCCCCAGUAAGUCUGCACAUGGUCACUUAAGUACAGGGAGUGCCAGGGACCACCACGUUCCCACCCAGCUAGCCGGCCACAGGGAGGCUCGAUAUGUCUGUGGGCACCAUCCACAAUCACCACCGCCAGUGACGCACACAUCCAUUGCCCACCCAUGCAGGAGCAUUUUAAAAGCUUCCUUUGGUAUUAGCUAAACUUGUAGAAAGUGGGGGGUGGGAGUUUUGAGGUCCCUUCGGUGAUGGAAGAAUGUCCUGACGAUGAUGGGCCCGAGACAGUCAGGAGCUGGGACGAGGGCUCCCACACAAUCACCAUCUAAGGCCCCAUGUCUGUGACUCUCUACCUCAGUGACUGCUGCUGUUUGUUUGAUAUUAUAAUUUGUCACUUCUUGAUUUGAAAACAGUUUGAGAGUGAUGGUAACUUGUGAAAAUAGUAGGGUUCCCAUAUGUCUUCACCCUCGCUUUUCCUAAUGCUGGCAUCUUACAAAACCGCAGUGUAAUUAUUUAAGCAGAAUGGUGACAUGA